AUGAAAGCUAUCCUCAUAUUAGGAUUAUUAGUUUUUGGAAUUUCUGCAGUCGAAUUAGAAGCAGGAGUGCCAAUUUUACUAAAAGAGAUCAAAGCAAUCAAGACUGAUCAUACUGAAUUCACUUUUCUAUUAGAUUUAGAACUCAGUUAAGGAGGAAAAGUGUCAGAAGUAGUUGCUUUAGUUGGUGAUUUGUUAGAAUAGAUGAAGAGAGAUUAAUUAAAUGAUGAUCUUGAAUAUGCUCAUGUAUAUGAAAAUGUAUAUUUGAUUAGAGAACAACAACUCUUGGAUUGGAUAUUGAAUGGCUUAUUAUUGUUUUAAGAAACCUUACAAAAGAGAGAUAAGAUAAAAAUAAUUAAUUAAGUGAACUCAAUCAAGUUCUUGUAGGUUUAUAAUUGUAAAUGGAUGCACUUACAGAAUAAUUAAAUAUAUUAAAUGGAAAGGAAGAAUAACUAAGAUAAACAAGAGCUUAAGAAGCUGCUUAAUAUUAAGCUAGAUAAGAAAAUAAUAGUAAAGUGUUAGCAGCCUUAAAUGAAAUAAUUCCAAAAUUAUAAGUUGCUGUAUUUGAUUAAGAAGGAAAAUCAUUAUUAUAAACAGAACAAUUUGAGAUUGUUGAGAAAAUCAAGAGAGAAUUAGGACACAAUCAUCCAAUUGCAAUAAUGGUUGCUAUGACAACUAAAUUUGAUGUUCCUACAGUAAAAAGAAUCAUUGAUAAAUUGGAACAUAUUAGAAAUGCAGUAAUUUCUUUAAUGUAAUAAGAAGAUGAAUAAGAAACUUAAAGUCAAGUAUGAUAUUCAUAUAAAUAAUUUAAGAUCACUUUCUAAACAUAAAUACAAGAGAUUGCUGAAUUAAGAGAGAAGUUCUCUAAAGAUUUUGAAGUCACUUCUUAAUUGAUUAAGAAGAGAACUAAUGAUAAAGUAUAUAAUUAUUAUAUGAUUAUUAGGUUCUUUUAGAGAAAAGAUUAACUAUAAUUAAUAGAGAUCUAAGUUUAACUGAAUAAUUACUUAUCUAAACUAGAGAAUACAAAGAAUAAUAUGAUGCUGCUUAUGCUGUUAGAAAAGGAAAAAGGUAUUAUUAUUAAUAUUAUAUUAUUAGAAUCUCUGAAAUCAAAACCGUUCAAUAAGCUUAUGAUUUAGUAGACAAUCAUGCUAAGAAACAUAAAUGAUGAUUUAAAAUAAAAUAUAUUUAACAAUUAUGUUAAUAAUGAAU